ACGGGGGCUGGUGGAGCGGCGAACGCAGCUGUUACCUUUGCUACUUUGUACACGGGACAAAGAUAGAGGAAAAACCAAUGUGUCCAUGUACAUGAAGAGUAAAAAUCUUUACGUCAUGUCUCCGUCUAAAUUGGUGAGGCCAGAUUUGGAGUAUUGUGUACAGUUUUGGUCACCAAAUUACAGGAAGGAGCGGUCAAGAACAGGGAGAUAAUGGAUCUGAAUGUGUGGCUGAGGAACUGGUGCAGGAAGCAAGGAUUUACAUUCUUGGACCACUGGGGUAUGUUUCGGGUCCCCACAUGGCUCUCGUAUCUGCAGACACUCGAAUUUCCGAACUGCUGACUGACCUCCACCAGCUGAUCAGACAGACGCAGGAGGAGAGGUCCCGCAGUGAACACAACCUCGUGAACAUUCAGAAAACCCACGAGCGGAUGCAAACGGAACAAAAGAUAUCCCCGUACUACCGCACCAAGCUCAGGGGUCUCUACACAACGGCCAAGGCAGAUGGAGAGGCAGAGUGCAACAUCCUACGGAAGGCACUGGACAAAAUCGCAGAGAUCAAAUCAAUCCUGGAGGAACGGCGGAUUGCGGCAAGGAAUGCGGGUCUGUACAAUGAGGCAGAGCCCCCUCGGAAGACAAUGAGACGGGGGGUGCUGAUGACUCUUCUCCAGCAGUCAGCGAUGACCCUCCCCCUCUGGAUCGGCCGGCCCGGAGACAAACCGCCCCCGCUGUGCGGAGCAAUCCCUGCGUCGGGGGAUUAUGUGGUGAAGCCGGGCGAUAAGGUGGCGGCGAGAGUGAAGGGUCUGGACGCCGACGAGCAGUGGAUUCUGGCCGAGGCUGUCAGCUAUAACCACAGCACCAACAAGUACGAGGUUGAUGACAUUGAUGAAGAAGGCAAAGACCGCCACACGCUGAGCCGAAGGCGGAUAAUCCCACUGCCGCAGUGGAAGGCGAACCCGGAGACGGACCCAGAAGCCCUCUUCCAGAAGGACCAGUUAGUCCUUGCUCUCUACCCACAGACUACCUGCUUCUAUCGAGCUCUCAUCCACGCUCCUCCCCAGCGGCCCCAGGAUGAUUACUCAGUCCUCUUUGAGGACACCUCCUAUGCUGAUGGAUACUCCCCUCCACUCAACGUGGCCCAGCGUUACGUUGUGGCUUGCAAAGAGACCAAGAAAAAGUGAUGGACCUUUGGGCCUUACUGGAAAAGUGGAGUUGACUGGGGGGUGGGGUUGUUGGUGAGGUGUCUGUUCACAUCCACUCAUUUCAAUAAAUGCAUUUGGAAGUUAUUCUGGUCGAG